AUGUUUUCCACUUCAGAAGGUAACCAGGCGGUCGUAAAGGUUCUUCUGCGACAGACACGCAGGCCUGAAGUGGGAGACAAGUUCUCCAGUCGUCACGGCCAAAAGGGUGUCGUCGGACUGAUUGUCCCGCAGGCUGACAUGCCGGUGUCGGCGCAGGGUAUCUGCCCUGAUAUUAUCAUGAACCCUCAUGGAUUUCCCAGCCGUAUGACAGUGGGCAAGCUGAUGGAGUUGCUAGGCAGCAAGGCAGCUGCCGUUCAAGGUCGUCUUCACGAUGGCUCAGCGUUUUCGGGCGACCCGGUGGAGGAGCUCUCUGGCAUCCUUUCCAGUCAUGGUCAUCACUAUCUGGGCAAGGAGAUCCUCACAUCCGGUGUAACGGGCCAGCCUCUGGAGGCCUACAUAUACUUUGGCCCUAUCUAUUACCAGCGCCUAAAACAUAUGGUCAUGGAUAAG